AUGGCGGAUGCGCUCGCCAUCAAGCAUGUUUCCAGGCCUUAUCAGACGACGUUUGUUAGUUGUGGGCAUAAUAUUGCUGCCCGCAGAGUAUCGCGCAUAGCGGACUCUAACGCCGUCAAUCAUGAUCUCCCUACAGAUGCAGGGUGGAAUGAGGGUGACCUCGUCCUCCCCAACAAGUACUACAAACGUAGCAAACAUUCCAAGGUGGGAUUCAAAGGCGGGCUGCGGAAAGAAGUUGAAACACAGGAGGAGCGGCUAGCCAGGACUUUUAACAUAUUUGCCCCUAUGCCGAAGGAGGUGCUGAUGAACACAUCCGGAAGGCCAAACUCGCCUGACCCCGAUCUUGUGGGGGACAUAAACAAAUACAUCAAGCAUCACAUGGAAAAGGAGAAACAGGAGGAGGCAAAAUCUGCGGGAACCGGUUCGUCGCCUCCACGGAAAGCAGAAAAGCCCCCUAAACCGUUACCGAAGCCAGCGCCCGAACCACAACCACGAGUAAAAUGCCCAAACGCAAUAUUGCUUGAUAAAAGUAUUCUGUUCUCAACAACUCUGGAUGAAUACAUUGUUGUAGGUAAGAUAUUGUCACCACACGGACUGCGUGGGCAUGUUAAAGUGAGGUCGCUGUGCAGCAACCCGGAAAUGAGACUCUGCGAGCCUGGGUAUAGGUUCCUAAAGUUCCCCAACCGUGAUGAGACUGUCAUGCCGAUAAAGAUCGAUUCCGGAAAGCUUCUGGACGGUGAGAAAACAUACCGUCUAAAACUCGAAGGGGUGGACACCAAGGACCAGGCGUUGAGGCUGAACGGCGCAUUCCUGUCUGUUUCAAUCAGGGACGUUCCACCUUUGGAGGAGGACUGUUACUACUCCAGAGACAUACUGAAUCUAAACGUUUACUUGUUCAACGACAAAACAAAAACAUGUCUAGGGAAAGUUGUCGGAUUCUGGCACCGUGAGGAUCUGGUCCAGCAUCCAAAAUUAGCAAACCUGACGGAGGAUCUGAUCGAAGUGGAAAUGGACAUUCGGCUAUCCUUGCAAACGCUGAUGACACUCACAAAACGUUCGGCUGAACUGGAAGAUGAUACACCUGCAGCAUCCAAAGACCUGAAACCCAAAAAGGUGACGGUGGUCACGGAUCGCGACCUGGACAUGGCGGACGACGUGAUUGACGCAGAAGAGGAGUUGGCCAACUCCAAUAUGAUGGGCGUCCAUUAUGUGAAGUACUACACAUGCAGCAUUUGUGGUAGGGAGUUCACCAACUACUCCCUCGCUCUUGCGCAUGACAGAGCACACGACGCUGGGGUGGUUACUGGAGCUCCGGAAGAGCCGGACUCUAAUGAAGACCCGAGUCACAACACCAAAGGGGAACAGAUAUACACUUUGGACGAGUACUACCAGAAGGAAAUCAAGAAACCGGUGAGGAGGUUCUACAUCCCGCUAAUAAAGGAGGAAACUAUCAAGUUUGUGGAUGUUCCCAACAAAAGCCUAUACGUCGACACGUUUACUGUGUUCAUUGGCGAAGACGGCAACAAAAUCGCAAAAUAG